GGCCUGGGGCUGACUCUCGCGCGGUGACUGUGGCGGCGGCGGCGGCGGUUACUACCCGGGCCCGGGCGGAGCAGAGGCCGGCGGAGCAGAAGAGCAUCCCCGCGUCCCGAUACCAGGCGGCGUGGCCCGCGGGUCAUGGCCAAAGGAGAGGGCGCCGAGAGCGGCUCCGCCACGGGGCUGCUGCCUACAAGCAUCCUCCAAGUUGGUGAACGCCCGGCCCAGGUGAAGGAACCAAAGAAGAAACAACAGUUGUCCAUUUGCAACAAGCUUUGCUAUGCAGUUGGGGGGGCCCCCUACCAGAUGACGGGCUGUGCCCUGGGGUUCUUCCUACAGAUCUACCUGUUGGAUGUGGCUCAGGUGGACCCAUUCUCUGCCUCUAUCAUCCUAUUUGUGGGCCGAGCUUGGGAUGCCUUCACAGACCCCCUGGUGGGCUUCUGCAUAAGCAAAUCUUCCUGGACCUGUCUGGGCCGUCUUAUGCCCUGGAUCAUCUUCUCCACACCCCUGGCCAUCAUUGCCUACUUCCUCAUAUGGUUCGUGCCUGACUUCCCACAGGGCCAGAUCCUAUGGUACCUGCUUUUCUAUUGCCUCUUUGAGACACUAGUCACGUGUUUCCACGUUCCCUACUCAGCUCUCACCAUGUUCAUCAGCACAGAACAGAGUGAGCGGGAUUCGGCCACUGCUUACCGGAUGACUGUGGAGGUACUGGGCACAGUGCUGGGCACAGCGAUCCAAGGGCAAAUCGUAGGCCAAGCAAAUAUGCCUUGUCUUGAGGACCCCAAAGAUUCAGCAGUGGCCACGGAAGAUGCCAGUCAUACACACAGCACCACCUCACUCAGAGAAACGAAAAAUGCAUACCUGCUGGCGGCAGGGGUCAUAGCCUCCAUCUAUGUCAUCUGCGCUGUCAUCCUGGUCCUGGGCGUGAGGGAACAGAGAGAAGCCUAUGAGACUCAGCAGGCUGAGCCAAUACCCUUCUUUCGGGGCCUCCGACUGGUCAUGAGCCAUGGCCCAUAUAUUAAGCUUAUUGCUGGCUUCCUCUUCACCUCCCUGGCUUUCAUGCUGGUGGAGGGGAACUUCGCCUUGUUUUGCACCUACACCUUGGGCUUCCGAAACGAAUUCCAGAAUCUGCUCCUGGCCAUCAUGCUCUCGGCCACAUUCACCAUUCCCUUCUGGCAGUGGUUUCUAACCCAGUUUGGCAAGAAGACGGCUGUAUAUAUUGGGAUCUCAUCAGCAGUACCAUUUCUCAUCCUGGUGGCCCUCAUAGAGAGUAACCUGAUUGUCACGUAUGUGGUAGCUGUGGCAGCUGGCAUCAGUGUAGCAGCUGCCUUCUUACUACCCUGGUCCAUGCUGCCCGAUGUCAUUGACGACUUCCACUUGAAGCACCCCCAUUCCCAUGGAACUGAGCCCAUCUUCUUCUCCUUCUAUGUCUUCUUCACCAAGUUCGCCUCUGGAGUCUCACUGGGCGUCUCUACCCUCAGUCUUGACUUUGCCGGAUACCAGACCCGUGGCUGCUCCCAGCCAGCGCCCGUCAGGUUUACAUUGAAGAUUCUGGUGACAAUGGCUCCCAUAGUCCUCAUCCUACUAGGCCUGCUGCUCUUUGAGCUGUACCCCAUUGAUGAGGAGAAGCGGCGGCAGAACAAGAAGGCCCUCCAGGCUCUGAGCCCUGCACACCAGUAGCUCUCUGCGGGGCCUGGCCACUCCUCGCCCGCUGCCCAGAGGCUCUCUGCGGCCCAGAGGCCCAUCCACGGCCUGGAAAUGCAAAUGACUUCCCUCCCUGUUCUCAGGAACUCCAAUAAAGGGCUUCCUUCCACUUUCUCGGCUGGCUUUCACCCCUGUGCCUCCGCCACCAGCCCCUCCUGUCACACUAUCCUCCACCCCCUCCACCCUUUGGCCGCCCAGACUUGACCUUGCCUGGGAGUUGGGGGCCACUUGACUCUGCUCAGCUCGCCGGUUCCUUCUCUUCUUACACAAGCGUUCCAUGCCCCGGUCUGGCCAGAGGCCCAUCCACAGCUGGGCGCGGGAUGCUUGCCUCAUCACCACAGCGAUGAAGCAAGCAUUCCUCCAGGCCGCUCACGCUGCCCACUCUCAGUGGCUGCCCUCCCGGGACUGGGGGACUCCAGCGAGCUGAGAGGACUGGGUGCCACCAUCUUGUGGCUAUGGGCACCGCCAUAUUUGUGACGGUUAAUUUGCAUAUUACCCUUUU